UUGGUCAUUUUCAAAUAUAUAUAUUAACGUGAUGUGAACACACCUGUCGUCAUAAAUAAGCGAUCCACUGUCCUUGUCUAACUUCAAUACUCUCUCUCUCUCUAUCUCUAUCUCUAUCAAGCCUUUAUAUAACCCCUACGUACGUGCGUACUCUUCUCACACUCACGGAGUCAAAACAUACGUGUCAAUGACUGGAUCAUCCAUCUCCUCCGUCAAACAACCGUCUACGGUGGAAGUGGAGGAAGAGGAGGAGAGCCAGCAUCACCACCAAGAUCAAGAAGAUCAAUCCCAUCGAACCAAUAACAAGAAACGGGUUAGACCCGACCCGGGAUAUCGAGGAGUCCGGAUGCGGACGUGGGGCAAAUGGGUGUCCGAGAUCCGUGAGCCGCGCAAGAAGAGCCGUAUCUGGCUAGGCACUUUCUCCACCGCAGAGAUGGCUGCGCGUGCACACGACGCGGCUGCUCUCACCAUCAAAGGAACCUCCGCGGUUCUCAACUUCCCGGAGCUAGCCACUUGCCUUCCCCGUCCAGCUUCCUCCUCUCCCCGUGACGUUCAAGCCGCAGCCGCCGUAGCCGCCGCCAUGGACUUUUCAUCCUCUGCAGCCGUCGCGAUCUCUGAUUCAACGUCUACGUCGUCUUCAUCGUUGUCACCGUCGAGCGAGGAAGCAGCGUCAUCAUCGAAGGCGGAAGAACUGAGCGAGAUAGUGAAGUUACCGAGUUUAGAGACGAGUUACGAUGGGUCGUGGAGCGAGUUCGUGUACGUUGACCCGGAGUAUCCACCUAGUCCGCCUUGGUAUUUUAAUAUUUGUUCUAGCUUUUAUUACCACAUCGACGAAAAUGGCACGUGGAUGUCUGAACCUUUUGAGUCUUCCAAUUUUGGACCCCUUUUCCUUUAGUUUUUAUUUUAAAAUAUAAUCCCUCUUUUUAAAACUUUCAUUUUAGCCUAAUUUCUGUGAGUUUUAUUUAAUUAUUGGAUUCACAACAGAGUUCAAUAUACUC